GGAUGGAUGAAAUGAUGACAUAUGACAACGGUGACUAAGGACCACUGUCUGGAGAUAAUCAACAAGUUUGAGCCGUGCUCUGAAAACCAGAAGCAGGGCGUUUUGGGAAUAGAUGGUUUUACUAAUUACAUGCGCAGUCCAGCUGGGGACAUCUUCAACCCAGAGCACUACAACGUGAGCCAGGACAUGAACCAGCCUCUGUGCAACUACUUCAUUGCUUCAUCACAUAACACCUACCUGAUGGGGGACCAGCUGAUGUCCCAGUCCAGGGUAGACAUGUACGCCUGGGUGCUGCAGGCUGGCUGUCGCUGUGUGGAAGUUGAUUGCUGGGACGGUCAGGAUGGAGAGCCCAUCGUACACCAUGGCUACACCCUCACCUCCAAGAUCCUAUUCAGAGACGUGAUUGAGACCAUCAACAAGUACGCCUUCAUCAAGACUGACUACCCAGUCAUCCUGUCCAUAGAGAACCACUGCAGUGUUCCUCAGCAGAAGAAGAUGGCCCAAUACCUGGUUGAGAUCCUUGGGGAUAAACUAGAUGUGUCCACUGUCAAGGCAGAUGAGUCCGGGAGAUUGCCAUCACCAGAAUCGCUCAGGGGCAAGAUCCUUGUGAAGGGAAAGAAGCUGCCCCCAAAUAUUGAUGAGAACGCCGAGGAGGGAGACGUGUCUGAUGAGGACAGUGCUGAUGAGAUGGAAGACGACUGUAAGCUGAUGAACGGAGAUUGGAAGACAUCAGCUAACAGGAAGCAGGUGGAAAACAUGGCUAAGAAAAAACUGGACAGCCUGAUGAAAGAGUCAAAGAUCCGCGACCGAGAGGACCCAGACAGCUUCACCAUCGCAGGCCUCCCACCGAGUGGGAAGAACCCGGAAAAGGGUGACGGCAAGGGUAAAAGUGACGACGGGACAGACACAGCAGAUGAGGCCAAUCCCAGCAGCACUAAACGCACCAGCCGCUCCUUCAUUGGGAGCUUCUCUAAACGCAAGAAAAAGUUGUCCAAGUUGAAGAAGACAUCAAGCUUCGAAGACACAGACACAGACCAGGAGAGCACAAGCAGCACUUCCCGCGCCGCGCUCCACCAUAGCAAAAAGAAAAAGACCAUGAAGCUUUCAAGAGCUCUGUCUGAUCUGGUGAAGUACACCUGCUCCGUUGGUCUAUAUGAUAUUGAGGCACAAGCUAACUGCAGCUGGCAGGUGUCUUCUCUGAGCGAGACCAAAGCUCAUCAGUUGAUGCAGCAGAAAGCGACUUCCCUGAUCCAGUUUAACCAGCGCCAGCUCUCCCGGAUCUAUCCUUCCUCCUACCGUGUAGAUUCGUCUAAUUUCAACCCUCAGCCUUUCUGGAACUCUGGCUGCCAGCUUGUUGCUCUCAACUAUCAGUCGGAGGGGCGAGUCCUUCAGCUCAACCGAGCAAAAUUCUACAGCAAUGGCAACUGUGGCUACAUCCUCAAACCCUCCUGCAUGUGUGAAGGUGCCUUUAAUCCAAACCUGGAUGACCCGCUGCCUGGUCGGAUGAAGAAACAGCUGAUUUUAAAGAUAAUCAGUGGACAACAGCUGCCUAAACCCAAAGACUCAAUGCUAGGAGACAGAGGAGAGAUCAUUGAUCCGUUUGUGGAGGUGGAGAUCAUCGGCCUUCCUGUUGAUUGCUGCAAAGAGCAGACCAGAGUGGUGGAUGAUAAUGGCUUCAAUCCAAUGUGGGAGGAGACUCUGGUCUUUACGGUUCACAUGCCAGAGCUGGCCCUUGUACGUUUCCUUGUGUGGGAUCAUGACCCAAUUGGCCAAGACUUCAUCGGGCAGCGCACCAUCGCCUUCCACAGCAUGAUGCCAGGUUAUCGGCAUGUUUACCUGGAAGGUAUGGAAGAAGCUUCAAUUUUUGUUCAUGUGGCUGUGAAUGACAUCACCGGUAAGGCCAGAGCAGCCAGCGGUAUAAAGGGUCUGUUUCACAGAAACCCAAAGCAGGCUUCUCUAGACAGCCAUGCUGCUGUCCACCGCUGCCGUAAACACCCAUUUGGUGCCCACCUCCUGCGCCGCACUGCCAGUGCACCCACCAGAGGCCAGCCCAAGGUUAUAAAGGGCUUCCCUGAGAUCCCCAUUGACACCAAAGAUUACAGCUCAGAGGGGGCUAGUGAAGAGCGAGAGUCUGAGAAUAGAGACAAGGCCUCUUCCGCCACUUCUUAUCAGUUCACUCCACCACAGCAUCACAACGGGGAGUCACUAGCCUCCCACCAAGCCAAGGGUCCCUGGGACCAUCCUGGCACCAAUGGAGCUCUCCACCCAGAGGAGGGUAAAGACAUUUCCAUGGAGCAGACUUUGGGCUUCCCUUCAUCAGUGAAAGGAGGAAUCCCCAGUAGCAGCUUUGCCCCUACCCCAGAGAGGAGCCUGUUGCCAUAUCGCACCACAUCCUCACCAAUCCAUCAAUCAUCCAUUUUACAUUCGCCAGUACACAAUGCUUCACAUGGAGCAGUGCACAGUACCACUAAAGUGAACAGAGAAAUUAAACCCUCCACCUCUUGCACAGCCUCUGCUACCUUAGCAGGUAGCAGUCCUACAGAAAUAUCAGAGACGUCUCAAGACUCACAGGCACAUGUAGGCACCGUUGACGAAGAACUGAAGAAAACCCCAGAAACUCGAGUUGAGACAGCAGGCAGAGAAAAAAAGCCAGAUCUCAGAGUGGAACCCCCUGGUGAAAGACGCCCCAUAGGAACUCCAACAAUCCCAACUGCUCAGAUGUCCCAGGCCAGGAGAACUCUUUUUACCGCUACACCACUGCACAUCCCAGUAAGACGAGCAAAAAGCGAAGGGCAUGUUCGAGGGGAUGGAGCCUGGUUGGCUCAAUCUCCUGUACCAGAGGUCUGUACAGAUGCUACCAUGAACGACCGAAUCUGGAGCAAACUGGAGCCAGGGAGCCACAGAGACAGUGUUUCCUCCUCUUCUAGCAUCUCCUCAAAUGAUACAGUCAUUGACCUCUCUCUUCCUAACCUGGCCAGAAGGAGCCUCAUCAUCCUGCCCAGUAACAGCAGUGAGCCCCCCUGGAUCAACCACCCAAGCACCAAACCAAGGGUCAGCAAGAGCAAGUCUAACCCCAACCUUCAGCAAGGAAACUGUCCCAAAGAUGAGCUUGAGCCCCACUCACUGCAGCCAGAUCAAAACUGUACAGAGGACUCAUCCGGUAGGUUGACCCAAAGAAGGCACACCUGGUGCCGGCUUUACAUGGAAGGACUUAAGCAGACAUCCACCAAAAAGCCAUCAAUUACAACUGCAACCUCAGCAGCUGGCAUGUCCAAAAGCCUAGGUGACCUGACCUCUGAGGAUAUUUCUUGCAACUUUGACAGCAAGUAUCGCAGCAUCAGCCGCAGUUUUAUUGUGAAAUCCGCUAAAGAUCAGCUCCGCAAGGGCAGCCCACGGAAGUGUCAACCCCAGAGUGACCUGAUGGAGCAGCUGCGCAAACUGACUGAUGUGGAACCAUUGAAUCCAAGUGACUUUACACCAGAAAACGGACCUAGGGACACAGAGGUGGAGGAUGUUCCGGAGACGCUGGUGCGACGAACCUCCUCGAGGAGCCAAAGUAGGGUGCGGUACAUUGCAAACAGGGCAAAAAAGGCCCAGGAAAGAAAGAUGCUCCAAGGUAAAAGUGGUAGCUUCAGCUUUACUGGAGGAAUAGGCAGUAGAAUUUCCUGUCCAAUCGAGGAACGGGGUAAUCCAGAAGGAGCAUGCUGUAUUGGCCAGAGUCCCUGCAGCAGUCUGGACCUGCUGAGUCAGUUAGAAUCCCCCUCCUAUGUAAAGUCGCCCCUGACGUCUGACUGCCCUAAAAUGUUCUUUAGGCUCAAACUCUGAGAACUGGUACUGAUGGGGAGAGAAGCAGCUAAAAACUGCUUUAAAAUAAAUUGCCUUCUCAAUCUUUUUAAAUAAAUUUAAUAUCUGGCAAUUUUCCACAAUAGACUAUUUGACAAAGUAUCUGAUCAAAAAACUCAGAACUGUUUCAGACCCAAGACCCAUUUUUUUUGGGACCGGUACUCGUAGAAAUCAUGAGGUGCUUUUCCACAGCAAGAACUGGAUAUGUGGCAAUAUACACCCCCACCCCACCCCGCCCCACCCCAGCCCUCUUUCCACUGCCCACACAUGAAACCAACUCCAAUACAAAGCAGCUCAGAAAUAAAGUGGAGGAUAACCAGACUGUUAAUUUUUUUUUUUCCUGCAAACCAUAAUAUUCCGAAGUUCUAGUUGCUGCUGUGGAACAACCCCCCCUCCCCAAUUGAUAAUUUUUGUGUUGAAUCUAAACUGCUUUCAUGUUUGUAUUUUCCAGACAUGACACAGUAGCAAUAGAUCAUAGAGUGAGAUUUUAAUAUUUUCUUUUUUUAUUUUUAUUUUUGCUCAAACUGUUAAGAUAUUAAUUAGAUAAUUUAUGUGAAAGCUUUAUUAACCCGUCCAUCUAUUAGCAAUAUUUUAAAUAUGAUAGCAUGUCAUGAAGAAAUUGUAGUUUGAUGCUGGAAGAGUCUUGUCUGUGUCUUUGCUGAAAAAUUAUUUAAAAAAAAUUCCGAUGCAAGAAUGCAAGUGUUGAUUUUAUAAGUAAAUAUAUCAGUGGCUCCGUUUUAGACUGAGGUCUGAUGCUAUAGUGUGUCCACUCUCUAAGAUCCUGUUUUUUGUUUUUCUUUUUUUUUAAGGAGUUGGUUUAAACUAUGAACUUUGUUUAAACCAACUUUUCUUUUUAUGUUGACUGCAUGCAUUUUAUGCACUGGACUGAUGGACUUUGUUUUACCAAUAUUUUUAUAUGAAGAUUUUAGCCUUUUACAGAUUGUUUUAUGUUGUCCGAGCAUCGUGUCUAUAUUCCUGUUUUCAUUUCUGUGCUACCCAAGGAAGACGAGAACGAUCUGUAUAGAGGCACGUUUGUACCAUCUCUACCCUGCUGUCCACUUCUUUGAGAACAAUGUUGAGCUCAAUGUCUAAUUAUGACCUGAAUAAACCUCACAUAUAACUGAAA